GACAGCCAGCCCGGCAACAUGCCCCGGGCAUCACUGCUGCCAUGGCUGCCAUGCGGCCGGCCCAGCGUGAAGGCAGUGGUCGCUGCCGGGGUGUUUGUAACCACCCUCUGGAACCUGAGGUGCUUCCUCAACCCCUCCGAGGUCUCUGAAGAAACCCCCAAGCACACUGAGCCGCUGGUGGUCCUGGUGUGGGAAUGGCCCUCGAAGCAAGUCCCCAACGUCAGCGGGGACAUUUGCCGCGAGCUGUACGGCAUCGCGGGCUGCUGGCUCACCACGGAGCGGCGGCUCCUGGGCAGGGCGGAUGUGGUGGUGUUCCCCCACACCAGGCUCCAGACUGGCAGGGACAGGCUGCCCAAGGAGAGGCCACCGGGGCAGAACUGGGUGUGGGUCUCCCUGGAGUCCCCCUCCAACACUAAAGCUCUAGCAGGAUGGAACCACACCUUCAACUGGGUGAUGACCUACAGACGGGACUCGGACAUCUUCAUCCCCUAUGGUAAGCUUGUGCCUAACCGGUCGGCCACUGUGAACAUCCCCACAAAGACCAACUUGGUGUCCUGGGUUAUCAGCAACUACCACAGGACUCAGAAAAGAGCUGAAGUCUACAAAAACCUCUCCCAGUACCUCCACGUGAACAUAUACGGGAAAGCAAGCAAAAAGCCACUUUGCAAGGACUGCCUCUUGCCAACGACAUCCAAGUCCAAGUUCUACCUGGCCUUCGAGAACUCCAUCCACCAGGACUACAUCACUGAGAAGCUCUGGAGGAACUCGCUGAUGGCUGGCACUGUGCCCGUGGUGCUGGGCCCUCCCCGGGCCAACUACGAGCAGUUCAUUCCUGCCGACUCCUUCAUUCACGUCGAUGACUUUGGUUCCCUGGCAGAGCUGGCCACCUUCCUGAAGACCAUGAACUCCAGCCGCUACCGGCAGUUCUUCUCCUGGCAGAAGAGGUACAGCGUGAAGCUCUACGCCGACUGGAGGGAGCGCAUCUGCACCAUCUGUACCGCAUACCCCAGCCUGCCCCGCGGCCGUGUCUAUCCUGACCUGGAGAGCUGGUUCAACACCUAG